CUGUACUGUCCGCAGUCUCUGGUCAUCCCUGUGCUGUCCGCAGUCUCUGGUCAUCCCCUGUACUCUCCGCAGUCUCUGGUCAUCCCCUGUACUCUCCGCAGUCUCUGGUCAUCCCCUGUACUGUCCGCAGUCUCAGGUCAUCUCCUGUACUGUCCGCAGUCUCAGGUCAUCUCCUGUACUGUCCGCAGUCUCAGGUCAUCUCCUGCAGUGUCCGCAGUCUCUGGUCAUCCCUGUACUGUGUCCGCAGUCUCUGGUCAUCCCUGUACUGUGUCCGCAGUCUCUGGUCAUCCCCUGUACUGUGUCCGCAGUCUCUGGUCAUCUCCUGUACUGUGUCCGCAGUCUCUGGUCAUGUCUCCUGUACUGUGUCCGCAGUCUCUGGUCAUCUCCUGUACUUUUGUCUGUAGUCUCUGGUCAUCUCCUGUACUAUGUCUGCAGUCUCUGGUCAUCUCC